AACCGCAUUAGUUUUAAGACAUAUUUCGUCCAUAGUGCCAGUUCGUGUAAUUAAAUCGGUUUUAAAAAUGUCUAACAUUUGGACCAAAUUGGUUUUGUUAUCUAUUUUCAAUUUUAGUGGAUCUUUAACCACAUCAUUCGAUGUUCGUGCACUGGUAAACGGGAACCGCAUGGGUGGUGUACCUCUGGGCUUGUCUCUUGGAGCCGGCGAGCUGGACGUGGAGGGUAUCUGCACAAGACCUGGCAUGGCUUGCCAGAACUGCAGUCAUGCGGUCACUUGUGUCCCCCUCCCUGUUGGGUGGUUGAAAGUUCCCUUGCAAGAAUGCAAUGAAGGGUUAACAUGCAACGCCCACCAGGGUCAAUGUUCACCAGAUCCCGCCCCAGAAUGCAGUGGGCCUGCCCAAGUGUUUGUGCAUACUUGUGAACAGGUGGGAAUAUUCCCAGAUGCCUAUGACUGCAGAAAGUUCCAUCUCUGCUCGCCACCUGAAGGCUUGCCUGAUGGUAGACCCGCAGACCAUAGAGCAGCUCUCUGUCCCAGACAUUAUGGAUAUAAUCCUGCUACUGCUCAGUGCUCGAUUCAACUAGAACACAGCCAGUGCUCAGAAAAACCAGUUCCUGAAUGCAAAGUUAUUGGCCAGCAUGGAGUCCUACCAUUAAGUUCCAACCAUUACUACGUUUGCCUCAUAAAAAACGGAGUCCUCCACCCUCAAGUUUUCAUCUGUCCACACGGCUGGCACUUCUGGGGAGAAUUCUGUCAACCAGAACCUGAAAAGAAACCAACAAAUGCCGUUCCAGAUGAAACAGUAAAAAUAGAACAAACUACAGAAGAUAAAAUACCAGAAGUGGAAGAAAAAGAAACUACCACAGAAGACACUGCUACUGUUGAAGCUACAACUACAAAAAUAGAUAGUUUCUUCUCCACUGAGAGAACAGCUACAUAUGCUGCUGACACAUUCUUAGCUGAUAAGAUAGAUCUAGCUAAUUAUGAAACUACCGAUGAUGUGGGAGCUCCAACUAAUGACAACUUUGGUUUGUCUAUUGAAUAUGAUUGGGAGUAAGCAAAAAGAAUUUACACAUAUAGCCUAAGUAAGACUAGUUGUUAAGAAAAUAUUGUAAAGGAAAAAUAUAAUA